UCACAGUCGCUACACAGUUAUGCUGCGUCAUACGGAAAGUGAAGUGAAGUGAAUGGUUUCGGGUUUCGAGGGAGAUUUUUGUUAGGACUUGGUCCCAGUUUUGUUGUGUUGAUCCACCAUGUGUUCUAGCCUGCGAUAUUGUUUCGGAUCGUUGAUCUGUACGCUGAUGGUGAUCGCGGCCCUAUUCAUCGCCAGUCUCCGUUGUGAUAAUGUUGAGCUGACGGUAAAACUGCCAACCGUGAUGAUUGCGGUUCUGGUGCGCAACAAGGAACAUACGCUGCCGUACUUUUUCUCUUACUUGGAAGAUUUAGACUACCCGAAGGAUCGUGUAUCGCUCUGGAUACGAUCGGACCACAAUGAAGAUCGCAGCAUUGACAUCACGAAAACGUGGCUGAAGCGAUGCAGCUCCCUUUACCAUAGCGUGGACUUUAAGUAUCGCAGUGAGGGCGGCAAGCGGGAGAGCGAAAAAUCCUACACCCACUGGAACGAGGAUCGUUUUGCGGAUGUCAUUCGGUUGAAGGAAGAAGCCCUGCAAACGGGACGCAGGAUAUGGGCCGACUAUAUUUUUUUCCUGGAUGCGGACGUGUUCUUGACGAAUGCGAAAACACUCCAAUCGCUGGUUGACCUCAAGAUGCCCAUCGUCGCACCGAUGCUCGUAUCCGAUGGGCUUUACUCGAACUUUUGGUGUGGCAUGACCGCAGACUAUUACUACCAGCGGACGGAGGACUACAAGAAGAUCCUUAACUACGAGCUAACGGGUCAGUGGCCGGUACCGAUGGUGCAUAGUGCGGUUCUGAUCGACUUAAAUGUUGCUCAAACGCGUCAGCUAACGUUCGAACGCCGUAAUUUACCAUCCGACCGGUACCACGGCCCGAUGGAUGAUAUUAUCAUUUUUGCGAUGUCGGCCAACUACUCCGGGAUUCCGAUGCGGAUUUGCAAUGCGGUACAGUAUGGCUACAUUAUGGUUCCGCUGGAGGCCGGCGAAACGAUUCCCGGGAAGGACUGGGAGCAGCUCACGAACGUCCUGGGCUACAUCGUGAACGAGUACGGUGAAGUGAAGCUGAAGGAUGAUUUACAGAAAUAUGUUCCAGUCGUUUCGAAGGACAAGCUUUCACUUUCGCGUAUCAUCAUGAUAAACCUCGAGCGGCGAGUGGAGCGAAGGACAAACAUGCUGAAACACUUCGAUCUCCUCGGGCUACAGGUGGACCACUUUCCGGCAGUCGAUGGGAAGCAGUUGACCGACGAAAAGCUACAACAAAUGGGCAUCCGUUUCCUACCCGGUUAUGCGGAUCCGUUCCACAAACGCCCAAUGACGAUGGGAGAAAUUGGUUGCUUUCUAAGCCAUUACUACAUUUGGGAGGAAAUGGUUCGCUUAGAGCAGAAAGAAGUGCUCAUCCUAGAGGACGACAUUCGAUUUGAGCCGUUCUUCCGACGACGCGCCUAUCGUGUACUACAGGAUGCCCGCCGUAUCGGAGGUUGGGAUUUGAUUUACUUCGGCCGAAAGCGUUUGCAGGAGGAGGACGAAAAGUGGAUCGACGGUUCGGAGUAUCUCGUAAAGGCGGGAUAUUCCUACUGGACGCUGGGGUACGUCAUUACGUUGGAAGGCGCCAAAAAGCUGUUGCGAGAGAAACCCCUGGAAAAACUAGUUCCCGUCGACGAGUACAUCCCGAUUAUGUUCGAUAACCAUCCGAACGAUAGUUGGGCUGAACACUUUCACGAGCGGACGUUGAAUGCGUGGAGUGCGGCUCCGCUGUUGCUCUACCCCACACACUACACCGGCGACGAGGGAUACAUUUCCGACACGGAAGAUUCUGCUCGCAUCGACGGUACGCUGCCGGGGGCUGCUGGAAAGGGUAGUGGUACUAUGGCCGCCACAAAUGAAACGGUCCGCGAUGGCAAAGCGGCUGAGCCGAAGAAAGGUGACAAGGAACAGCUUCCGAAUGCGCCCAACUUACUGGUGGCGGAUUCGGGACUCGGCAAGAGCGAGGUCAAUCGUCGCAGUGAGCUAUAGUUUGUUCCUAGGGCACCAAUGAUAGAGCACAAAUACCCAAAGAAUCUUAAAGAACGGAUCUACUAGCGUCAUAAUUACAAUAAUAUGCCCCGUGCCUUAUAGAGUAAGGAACCAGCGAAUCGCAGGCGUAUAAUCGCCUGCGCA